AUGAAGUUCAUCGUGCUCCUUGCCGCGCUGGUCGCCGCUGCCUCGGCCCAGCUCCGUCCGCUGCCGAUCCCGCUGGCCCGCAACCCGGCCGUCUACGGGGGUCCGGAGGCGAACGCCGUCAUCCUGAACCAGGUCUACGAGCCCAACCCGGACGGUUCGUACAUCUACAGCUAUGAGACGAGCAACGGCAUUCGGGCGGAGCAGCGUGGCUUCCUGAAGAACCCGGGCACCCCCGGUGAGGCGCAGGUCAUGCAGGGCUCGUACUCCUACACCGGCCCGGACGGUGUAGUCUACACGAUCAACUACAUCGCCGACGAGAACGGAUACCGCGCCGAGGGUGCCCACAUCCCGUCCGCUCCCCGGUACAACCCGCGCUAUCCUGGCCAGUUCCAGUGA